CGGCGGCGGGUCUCCUGCGCGGCCGCGGGUCUCCUGCGCGGCCGCGAUGCUGAGCACCCGGGCUCAGGCGGCGAUGACCGCGGCGGACCGGGCCAUCCAGCGCUUCCUGCGGACCGGGGCGGCCGUCAGAUAUAAAGUCAUGAAGAACUGGGGUGUUAUAGGUGGAAUUGCUGCUGCCCUUGCUGCGGGCAUCUAUGUGAUUUGGGGUCCUAUUACAGAAAGAAAGAAGCGUAGAAAAGGGCUGGUGCCUGGCCUUGUCAACUUAGGGAACACCUGCUUCAUGAACUCCCUGCUGCAAGGCCUGUCUGCCUGCCCCACUUUCAUCAAGUGGCUGGAAGAGUUUACCACCCAGUACACCCGGGAUCAGAAGGAGGCCCCCCCCCACCAGUAUUUAUCCUUAACGCUGUUGCACCUCCUCAAAGCUCUGUCCUGCCAAGAAGUCACCGACGAUGAGGUCUUAGACGCAAGCUGCUUGUUGGAUGUCUUAAGAAUGUACAGAUGGCAGAUCUCUUCCUUUGAAGAACAGGAUGCCCACGAGUUAUUCCAUGUCAUUACCUCGUCCCUGGAAGACGAGCGGGACCGACAGCCCCGGGUCACCCAUUUAUUUGAUGUGCAUUCCCUGGAGCAGCCAGAAAUAACUCCUAAACAAAUAACCUGCCGCACAAGAGGCUCACCUCACCCCACAUCCAAUCACUGGAAAUCUCAGCAUCCUUUCCAUGGAAGGCUGACGAGCAACAUGGUCUGCAAACACUGUGAACACCAGAGUCCUGUUCGAUUUGAUACCUUCGACAGCCUUUCACUGAGUAUCCCAGCUGCCACGUGGGGGCAUCCACUGACCCUGGACCACUGCCUUCACCACUUUAUCUCCUCCGAAUCGGUGCGGGACGUCGUAUGUGACAACUGUACGCAGAUCGAAGCCAAAGGGACGUUGAAUGGGGAGAAGGUGGAGCACCAGAGGACCACCUUUGUUAAACAGCUGAAACUAGGCAAGCUCCCCCAGUGUCUGUGCAUCCACCUGCAGCGGCUGAGCUGGUCCAGCCAUGGCACGCCCCUGAAGCGGCAAGAACACGUGCAGUUCAAUGAGUUCCUGAUGAUGGACAUCUACAAGUAUCACCUCCUCGGGCACAAACCUGGGCAGCCGAGCCCCAAGCCCAGCGAGGCCACGGGGCCCACCCAGGACCUGCAGGAUGGGCCAGUCGCCCCCGCCCCAGUUCUGAAUCAGCCUGGGGGCCCCAAACCACAAAUUUUUAUGAAUGGCGCCUGCUCCCCAUCUUUAUUGCCUCCCCUGCCAGCCCAGAUGCCCUUCCCGCUCCCGGUGGUUCCUGACUACAGCUCCUCCACAUACCUCUUCCGGCUGAUGGCAGUUGUGGUCCACCACGGAGACAUGCACUCGGGACACUUUGUGACUUACCGACGGUCCCCGCCAUCAGCCAAGAACCCUCUUUCAACCAGCAACCAGUGGCUGUGGAUCUCUGACGACACGGUCCGCAAGGCCAGCUUGCAGGAGGUCCUGUCCUCCAGUGCCUACCUGCUGUUCUAUGAGCGCGUUCUUUCCAAGAUGCAGCACCAGGGCCGGGAGUACAGGGCAGAAGAAUGACUGCCCUGCCUCAGAGCCGAUGGCAUUGUCCACGCCGGCCAGGAACCAGGCAAGAUCUGACUGUGUGUGUGUGCGCAGACGGCCCCUGCCAGAGCCCUCCGCCUUCUGGGUGUUCUCAGAGCAGGCUCCGUAAAGGAGCCGCUGACCCCAGUUCAAACCAAAUCCGGCCCCCUGAACAGCUCUGCGAGUGUGCACUGGGUGGUGUCCUUGCUGUGCUCCGACAGCAUUCACUCUGUCUACAACGUCUUUUUACUCAUCUGAUACAGGUAAUUAAAUGAAACCCGGUUCCGGAAGCCACCUUUUUUAUAUUCGGCUAUGUUAGGUGUUCUCAGAGGGGAGGUAACUUUGCCUAAUCCUCCAGUCGGUUUCAGCAUAGAUCUUUUAUUUUUAAUAAGCAGGCCCAUAAAAGGUUAAAUUAUUAAAGGCAACAAUUUAGAAGAAAAAGUGCCUUUCCCUUUCGAUUGCUUUUGUAGCACGUCCAUUCUGGAAAAUACACCUUGUCUGAGAGUCCUCGGAACAACUUUUGAAAAGCUCUGCUCCUUCCAAGUUUCUCCACGGAGAGCAACAGGACAGCUAAAAGAUGCCUGAAGAACACCUGCCUUCUCUUUUUGUGGGUCUUUUCUAAUCUUUGGAUUCUUUCUAUGUCAUCAAAGUGCACCUGCCACAUCUGGCCCAUCAGCCCUGAGCUGCUUGCUGCUCGCUUCUGCUGUCAGCACGCUGGCCGGGGGACGUGAUGAUGGUCCGUCAUUGGACUGUGAACAGUGGGCACAGAGCAGUGUCUGCGCCAACCACUCUGGACAAAGCCUGUUUUUACACGAAGCCUCCCCGCAUGGGCCAGAUGGACAGUUACCCUGAAUUCUGUUGCCCCUGCAGUGUUCCUGAGGUUUGCAGGUGCCACUGGGGGCCAUGUGAGAGGACAGUCCUUGCCUGGGUUCGGGAGCUGGGGUCGGAAGGGCACGGACCACAGGGCUGCAGUCGGGCUUCCUUGUUUAGCAGAGGGAAGGCUUAACGCUCAGCGGGCAUCCAAACCCCAGCCCUUUCCACAGAAGAAAAGAAAGUUAUCAGUUUGUAAAAAAUGUAUCCUUGCAGCUGAUCAUCUAGUACUGCCGUUCUGUUAUAGGUCCAUACUCUAUACGUUUACUCGCUCCCCGCAGCCCGACACAGACUCUACUGAGCAUUCCCGUCCCUCUUUGGAGAAGGCUCCUGGAUACAGCCCAGCGCCACAGGGAGAGUGAGGACACGGUAGUAGCUAUGUUUUAGCUAGGCUUUUUAUUUAAAGACAAAACAAAAUUCAAAUGGACUCUUCAGAGUUAAGAUUUGGAAUCAGAGCUUUCUAAAAGGUCCCCCGAGGCGAGGCCGAUCCCUGGCCUUCCUCCAGUGGGGGUGCGGGCUGCCAAGUGUUGCCAGCUCAGGCCCGGGUGUCCACUAAGGGAGCCAGGGGCCCGGGGCAUCGCUGUCCCACAGGCCCAGCACACGCCCCACUCACAACUUAACGACUGACUGAAGGUACUGUGGAAGGUUCUAUGAACCAUGGACACCCGGGAGAGAGGACCCAUGUGAAGCGUCCUUUCCGAUUCCGUCGCAGGCCCUGGCUGGGAUGUUGCCAUGAGCAGAGCUGUUUCGCCCAAAUCUGGAGAACAAACACCCAGUGACGUGACCUUACAUCGAACCAUGAAGCUGUAGCUCCCGGUUAACUGCUUUCCUGCCUCCGCUUCCUCUUUGAAACCUGCCGCUAAAGAGAUGCUGGGCACGGAACGUUCAGCUGGAAGCAGAUGGUGGGUCAGAGGCCGGGGUGUCCGUGUAAGGUCUCUGAGCCGGAUGUAAAGCUGACGUCCUCGUUUUGUAAAUUAUUAGGCAUUAAGUAGCAGCCACAACAUCACCUUUCUAGCUUUAAGUUAUUUACAGAGCAGCUUCUCUUGGCAAAAACCUAAGUUACACUAGUAGUUUAUGCCAUAACUGCUGAUUUCUGUAUUUGCUAAAGGUACCUUUUGUAUCUGCUGUGUAUUAUAGUAAUAAAAAAAUCUUUUUGUUAGGAAAAAAAAAAAUCAACUGGU